GCGGGGACCCGGAAGGACAAAGCGCGAGGCAGCCGGGGCCGCGGGGCGCGAGGCUCCCUAGCAACGGGCCCCAGCGGGACUUCCAUGGAGACGGGGCCGCUCCUCCUCCUCCUCUUCCUCCUCCGCUCCUCACGGAUGUGAUCUUCAUGGUGUGCUUGUGGGGAAGCUGAGUUUUUCAACCACCCCAAUGGAUGCAGACAGCGACGUUGCAUUGGACAUUUUAAUUACAAACGUAGUCUGUGUUUUUAGAACAAGAUGUCAUUUGAACUUGAGGAAGAUAGCUUUGGAGGGAGCUAAUGUGAUUUACAAGCGUGAUGUUGGAAAAGUAUUAAUGAAGCUUAGAAAACCUAGAAUCACGGCCACAAUUUGGUCCUCAGGAAAAAUUAUCUGCACCGGAGCCACAAGUGAAGAAGAAGCUAAGUUUGGUGCCAGACGACUAGCCCGCAGUUUGCAGAAACUAGGUUUUCAGGUAAUAUUCACAGAUUUUAGAGUUGUUAAUGUUUUGGCAGUGUGUAAUAUGCCUUUUGAAAUCCGAUUGCCAGAGUUCACCAAGAAAAACCGACCUCAUGCCAGUUAUGAACCAGAACUUCAUCCUGCAGUGUGCUACCGAAUAAAAACCCUAAGAGCUACGUUACAGAUUUUUUCAACAGGAAGUAUCACAGUAACAGGGCCAAGUGUAAAGGCUGUUGCUACGGCUGUGGAACAGAUCUAUCCCUUCGUGUUUGAGAGCAGAAAAUAAAUUUUUUAAGAUUCACCACUUCGUUGGUUAGGUUUCCUAACUGAGCACCUUUUAAAAACUGCUGCACAUUGGACUCAAAGCAAAAGGAAAGCAGGACCAACCGUAACCGAGGAAACAGACUCUUAUUUGUUCGUAGCCCCACUGUAAGUGCCAGUCCCUUUGGGUUUGAUUUGGAACAGUGCUGUAGUAGAAAGAGAGAAGUUUACAAAGACAUGAAAUUGCUGCUUUUACAAAGGACAUUCUAUUUAUUUUCGCAGUAAUUCUUGUGUCCUAUUAAGCAGAGCUGUCACGGUGUGCACUACCCUUAAAACAUUUUUUUUUUUUCAGUUUGAGCUAAUGUGUUUUAUUUGUGAAUAGUCUUUUACAUUUUUGUAAGCUGAAUAUGGGCACCAAAGAAGCUGUAAACGUUAUCUUUUUCAAUUGAUGAAUGUGCACAAAUAAAGGUUUCAAAAAUAUUCUCUCUUCAUACCUGUUCUAUUACCUUUCUUCUCCCUUUUCUAUUAACUGAAAUUGUAUUAUUCAAAGUUCAUUUUUUUAACUAUGCAAAUUUAGUCUUUUGCUGAAGUGUUUUUGGCUUCCAUUUGAAGUGUAUUUUGUAUAUAUGCCACUUGUGUACAGUAUGUUCUUAAUGCUGUGUUACCAAAUGUUAAAUAGAAACUUUCUUGCUAUUGGAAAUUUUAAAAAAUGUAUAUAAACUGUAGGUAAUAGAGUAGAGCUUUAUAGAUAUGUAAAACAUAAUGGCUUACAUUGUUGACUUUUUAAAGAUAUGCUAGAGAAUGUGAAAUCCCUUCGAAUGUCAAGAAAAACUAGUUUUCACCGGGAAGGUUGUUACCUAUGGGCCGGCUGGGACAGAGCAUCAAAGUUGAGUGGCAGCUCUCGUUUACGUGUGUUACCUUGGAGGUCGGUUAGCCUCAAUUGAAAGAAAGCGGUUCCCUGGGUCAGUUAUCGUAGGCCAGGGCCAGGCAUUCUCUUCUUCAAGCAUGGUAGAUGAUUGAUAAAGUUGUGUUGUCCUCACGAAUUGCCUGCAGGCCUCUGAGCUUGGCUCUGUUAGGCAGUUUUAAUGGGGUUCAGCAUAGACUUGAAAGCCAUUUAGUGAGACAUGUCUUUCCCCCUCGCUGCAUCUUUCUUCAUGGAGCCAGAGCACUGAUGACAAUUUAGUUCAGUCAAGUGAAAAUGCUACUCAUUCAAGUUACAAUAAAUAUGCAUCUGUGACCUGGUGUCCUUUUGGCUACAUCCCUGAGCAGUGGAAUGGAGUCUAGUAGUAAUGUUCUUCCCUUACACCAUACCAGUUGUGUGUAAAGAAGAAGUUGGGUUAGCUCUGAGCUCAAUGGACAGUGUGCAACUUAGUCUUCCACUAAGGCAAGACGAUUAAUGUGUAAUGAAACGUGAAAAAUAAUCAAAAGAACUCACUUGGCUAUCCAGUGGAGCUCCAUUGAAACCCUCUCUCUGUGCACUGUAUUGUUUGAAGGCUUAACUUCUUCAAAUUAGUUGCACGAGGCUAUAUAAGCUGCAGUGUUUUACUUUUCCUCUGUCUCUUCUUCCCCACGAGCUCUCUCCUCCCACCCCCUUCCUAAAAAUGCAGAGGGGCACAGUUGGUUUUAAAAUAAAGUUCUUUCCUUUGGGCCUGACACUUGAGGAUGAUUGUGAAUCAGACUGUUUGUCAGCUCAUUUCUGCUUUGCUCUUUAUAAUGCAUUUCACAUGUUUGUUUCCUUCUGAAUACAGCAGGGUGAAAAAGGUAUUACAGGUUCUGUACUGCUAUUUGAGAAUACAAAUUUUCAUGUUAAUGUGGCCACCUGAUACUCAGCACUUACAUGAAUGUUAAUUUCAAUAAAAUAAAUUAAUAGGACUUGAGGAAGCUAGGCUACUCAGUCCAACGAU